UCUCGCCGACUUGUCAAUUUGACACUUGCCGUCUCAGUGGGCGGGGAUAUUUUCGGCUUUGUGGCAAAUUAUUAAAUGAUUUUUUUCACAAAAAAUGUCUCACCAAACUGGAAUUAAAGCCAACGAUGACUUGAAGAAAUUUUUGGGUAAAUGUCGAGACGGCAAAGUCAGAAUCGUGAAAAUUUCGAUCGAAAAUGAACAGCUAGUUCUUGCCAGUCACAAAGACGUUAAAUCCACUUGGGAGAAAGACUUUGAUAAAUGUAUAACACCACUAAUAGAAGAAAACCAACCUUGUUAUCUCUUGUACAGACUAGACUCCAAGAACUCAUCCGGGUACGAAUGGCUUUUUGUAAGUUGGUCGCCUGACACGGCCCCCAUUCGCCAGAAAAUGUUAUACGCUUCCACUAAAGCAACCCUGAAACAAGAAUUCGGGACGUCGCAAAUUAAAGAGGAACUGCAUGGCACCAUUUUGAGUGAUAUAACCUUGAACGGGUACCAAAAGUACAAAAAAGCUUCCGUGGCCCCCGCGCCACUAACAAUAAGAGAAGAAGAACUCCAAGAACUCCGGAAAACUGAAGUUCAUACUGAUAUAAGUGUAGACAGUAAACAACAAACUUUAACAGGUGUGGCCUUUCCAAUAACACAAGCGGCUAAGCAAGCCAUUAUUGACAUGGCGAGAGGUUCAUAUGACUAUUUACAACUUAAAAUAAAUAUUGAAGAAGAAACAAUUCAUUUAGUUAUUGCUGAGAACAUCAGUAUUGAGAAACUUCCUUCUAAAGUUCCUGAAGAUAGUGGGAGAUACCACUUGUACAAUUUCAAGCACACCCAUGAAGGAGAUUAUAUGGAAAAUAUAGUAUUUAUUUAUUCUAUGCCUGGAUAUAGUUGCCCUAUUAAAGAACGUAUGCUGUACUCUAGUUGUAAAAAUCCACUGACUGAUACAAUAACAAACUUGGGUCUCGAAAUAAUAAAAAAGGUGGAAAUUGAUUCCGGGACAGAACUAACUGAAAACUUCUUGUACGAGGAAAUACAUCCAACAAAAAAUCUACACCGUCCUAAGUUUGCCAAACCCAAGGGGCCCCCAAACAGAGGACCAAAGCGGAUGACUAAGUCUCAAAACGCGGAAAAUUGAAACGGUGGUUGUUUAUCGCUUAAUAAAAUUAUUUAUUUUCGUUAAUACGUGCUCAAGUAGACGUUUUUAUAGCUUUUUCAUAACAAAUAUUUUUAUAUUCGAACAAGUCAAGCUCAUCGUGGGUGUAAGUAUUAUUUUUGUUUAUCAGCGCUUUUGUGUUACUUAGAUAUUUAAAAUAAAUGCAAUCUUUAUACAUUUA